ACUUGAAAAUCCAAAUAGGUAUCUUAAGUCCUAAGAAGAAAAUUUCGCAGAUCUAGCUGCGAAAUAGCUGCAAGUGAAAAUCACGAGAGAUUGCUGUAAAUAUUCAUAGACGAUAUUGACACAAUCAAAAUGUCCAAUAUAUUUAAUUUAUUGGGCGGACUUGCUGAAUCUAAUGAAGGUCAAAUAAAGCCCAUUGCACGAUCUAGAACAUCUCACGAAAUUAGAUCUUUUAAGACAAUGGGAGGCACAAAACCGAAGGGACUAUCAAUAAGAUCUAAUUCUGAUAUGAAUAUAUCUAAAAUACAAUCAUCCAAGAAAAGUAUUUAUGAUAAAGAACAGGAUUGUUCAAAAUUGAAAGCAACACAAAUAGAUAGUCAUGGACGUCCAAUAUCUCCAGGAAAGGAAGUAUCAGCAAAGAAAGAGAUUGUACAGUUUUCAAAGAUUAAAGAGUGUGCUUUGAAGAAGGAUAAUACAAUUAACAAAUAUACAAAAAAACAAUUAAACGAUAGUGUUUUUAAGAAGCCAUUACUGCCUAAGAAGAAUAUCAAAAGACUUCCAAAACCGGAAAAAUUAGCGCAUUGGUAUGACAACCAACAUGAUUUUGAUUAUGGAUACAUUGAAGUUGUUGAAAAAGAAUUUAAAGAUCUAUUCUCCAAGGAGAAAGAGAACAUAAAGCCUUGUGAAGACAACAUACUAUCAGAUCCAGAAAUUUUGCUCUUGCCAGAUAUCAUGAAGCUUACUCCUGAUAAAACUCUCGACGAAGAACACGAGAAAUAUUUAUCUCCUAACUUACUCGAAGUAUCUGACAUAUCUGAUGACGAAAAUCUAAAUAAUGAUAAUUAA